UUGAACAAACAAGUUCAUCACUGAUACUAUUGCCUCCUCCAUGGCCUCCUUUUGCCCCACCAUGAAUACAAGUUCCAUUCCCUCUAUUAGAACUGCUUGUGGGGAAUAAACGACAGGCGCCGUUGUGCCAGUUAGUCGUGAUACAAAGUUCGAAGAGAUGAUCUGUAACUCGUAUAAUUAUCAGUGAUCGGAAACUUUACUUCUCAAUCAGGCUAAACUAAUCUUUCUCUCAACGAUAUCGACAAAAUUAAAUACGUCGAAAAAAAUCGACAUUACGUAUAAUUUACGUUUUUCUUCCUAUCAUUGAUCGCUCAUCGUCAGCAACCACGAAGUUGCUCGAGGGUUGUGUUACCGAGUGUGAGGUUGGGAGGACCAUGAAGACGUCCACGUUAUCAUGCAGUGACUUGAUCAAGCAGGAGAUACGAGAUGCCUGUAAGGACCUUGUCCUAUCCGAUAACCAGCUCCGACUGGUUAUGCAGAAACUCACCGAGGAGAUCAAUAGGGGUUUGUCGAAGGAAACCCAUGAUAAUGCAAUCGUCAAAUGCUUUACUACCUACGUGCAGGAUCUGCCAAACGGCACUGAAAAGGGCAACUUCUUGGCACUAGAUUUAGGCGGUACAAAUUUUAGAGUGUUAUUAAUCACAUUGGAUGGUCAAAAUUUUGAUAUGAAAAGCAAGAUCUAUGCCAUACCUCAAAGUUUGAUGCUAGGAACUGGUAUCCAGCUAUUCGAUCACAUCGCCCAAUGUUUGGCAUUGUUUGUAAAGGAAUUAAAUUUGCAGAAUGAAAUAUUACCAUUAGGCUUCACCUUUAGCUUUCCCCUUACCCAAUAUGGAUUGACGAAGGGUCAUCUAGUGAGAUGGACCAAGGGCUUCAAUUGUAGUGGUGUAAUCGGUGAAGAUGUCGUUGCUCUUCUUGAAGAAGCAAUUGGUAGAAGAAAUGAUGUUAAGAUUGAUGUAUGCGCGAUCCUAAAUGACACCACUGGCACUUUAAUGUCAUGUGCUUGGAAAAAUCGAAAUUGUCGAAUUGGUUUAAUCGUUGGUACCGGAAGUAAUGCUUGCUAUGUCGAAAAGACAAAGAACGUACAGUGCGCGAUUCCAGGCAAUUAUGCUGAAAACAAACCUCAUAUGCUCAUCAAUACGGAAUGGGGCGCAUUUGGUGAGGAAGGCAUAUUAGAUUUUGUAAUAACCGAUUUUGAUCGUGCCAUAGAUGAAAACUCUAUUAAUCCUACGAAACAGCUGUUUGAGAAAAUGAUCUCAGGAAUGUAUAUGGGUGAACUAACGAGACUGGUUCUGGAAAAAUUGGUCAAUGCUGGCCUUCUUUUUGGUGGCAAAUGUUCCAACAAUCUUAGAAAACGCGGCAAGUUCUUCACGAAGUAUGUCUCUGAGAUUGAAAACGAUCCUAAGGGAAGAUACACGAAUUGCCGAGACGUAUUGGCUGAACUAGGAAUGCCAAAUGUGAGUGAUCAAGAUUGUGAAAAUGUGAGAUAUGUAUGCUCAGUAGUGUCGAGGAGAGCAGCGCACUUGGUGAGCGCAGGAAUAGCGGCAUUGCUGAACAAAAUGGGAGAGAAUAAUGUCACAGUAGGCAUCGAUGGUUCGGUAUAUCGAUUUCAUCCGCACUUUCACGAUCUCAUGACAGCGAAGAUUAGUGAACUUCAAAAAUAUAAGUUUGACUUGAUGCUCUCGGAGGAUGGUAGCGGUCGAGGUGCCGCUCUGGUUGCUGCAGUGGCGUCGCAGAGGCGGUGAAAACGUGUUUAUCAGUAGCGAGCUAGCUGCAAUUCAAUUAUGUAUAAUAUAAAGCUGAACGACGAUGAGAGAAUUGAUCAGAAUGAAUGAUGAUCGAAUGAGAACAAUUGAGUAUGGGAAAUAAAUUAGGGAUCUUUUUCUGUGCUCAUUUUGACUGCAUUUUCACUCCUUUUUCUUGUACGGUUUGUUUUUCUUUUUCAAAACCUGAAUAGUUUAUCAAUCGGAAAAAGAAUUCAUAAAUGUGAAUGUUAAAGAAAUUAUGAAUUUGUUUUCGAAAAAAAAUAUUUUAAAGUAACAUGUAUUCAUACGAAGGUUAUCUUGUUACGAAUAUAAAAUAUACAAGAGAGUGCAGUUAAAAAGAAACCGAACUUAAAAAUUAAACAGAAUUUAAAAAUUGCGUGAUAAAUAUUUCUUGUACAUAGAGCACAAAAACACAGUAAAUUAGUGGAUUAGUGAAUUGUAACUACUUAGUUAAGGUUCUUGCAAAAAACUAGAAAAUCAAGGAUGUCCUUCCUGACAGACGAGACGACGACAGCUAAUUAGCGUUUCGUUAAUGAUUCGCAUAUCUCAUUAGCAUGAGUUAAUCAUCUCGUAAUUCUGCGAGAAAAUUACUAAGAAAAUAGAUAUAUCUAAACGAAAUAGAAGAAUCACCGGAUAUAAUCCGGUAAAAAAAUGUCAAGUGUCAAUUGAUAAAAAUAUUGCUAAAUGCAAACAAACUAAAUCGAUGAUAUAUUAAAUUUAUUAUAGCGAUUACCAAAAA